CGCCAUUUUGUAUCGUUAUUAGUAUUUUAAAUGAAUCGAAUAUAAAUAGAUUUUGAAUGAAAGAUUCCAAUAGAACAUAUAACAUUGGAUUCAUUCAAUGGUCGUAUGCAAAUGAAUUAAUAUGAUAUAAAUAAAAUAUAAAUAAGAUAAAAUAAGAAAAAUAAAAGAAAAAAGGAAUUAGUAAGAGAUAUAAGAAGAUUGAAAUAGGAGAGGUGGUCAGAGAAAACGUGAUCGUUGUUAAAACAUGAUCGUUUGAAUUUGAUCGUCGUUUCCAAUUUCGCCAGACAUAAAAUUAUUCGCCAAGUUAAUACGAGAGGAUUAUAUAUUCGAACGUUUCGUAAAAUCGUCCUUUUUUUAUAUUCCUUUAUUUCUUCUUGUCCUUUUCUCUCAUUAAAAGAAUAUAUUUAUUAUCGAGAAUGCGUACGUUAUGGUCGAGUUUGAAAAGAUCUCGUCCAUCUUUGUUUAACGCGGCUUCUAUGUCGCGCAAAAAACUUUUCGUCAAUGGUAACGUAAAUGAUAAAAAUAAAAUGGACAUCAAAAAGAAAUCGGACAUAUCAUCGGGAAAGUCUUAUGUCGAAAGAAAAUAUGUAACUUCGGUUACAACAAAUUCGGCAGUUAUUUUAAGGGAACCACCGAAACCCAAAGGUUUCCCGUUAUUUGGUACGAUAUUUGAAUUUUUAAAUACCGGUGGUGCUAAGAUGCUUCACGAAUACGUUGAUCGUAGGCAUAAAGAAUUAGGACCAAUUUAUAGAGAACGUAUUGGCCCGGUAAUGGCAGUUUUUGUUAAUUCACCCCAAGAAUUUCGAAGAAUUUUUAGACUCGAAGGACCAACGCCAAAACACUUUCUUCCGGAGGCUUGGAUUCUUUAUAAUGAGCUUAGAUCUUUGGAACGAGGAUUGCUUUUCAUGAACGGAGAAGAAUGGUUACAAUAUCGGCGAAUAUUAAACAAGGUGAUGCUGUUAUCAGACCCAACGGACAUGUUUGUUGGUCCAUGCCAAAAGGCUGCUGAGGGAUUAGUAGAAAAAUGGAUAAUUCAACGUAAUAGUGAUGAUACGUUAUCCCAAUUGGAAACUCAACUAUAUCAAUGGUCAAUCGAAGCAAUGUUGGCAACUUUAAUGGGAUCUACAUGGCAUCAACAUAAACCAGUAAUAUCACGUCAUUCGGAAAACUUAGCUAAAUCAUUGCACAAAAUAUUCGAAUAUACAGCUGAGUUAUCAGUAUUACCGGCAAAAUUAGCAAAAACCUUGAGACUACCUUCCUGGAAUAAAUUCGUUGAGUCUGCAGAUUCGGCAUUAAGUAUCGUUCGAACAUUGGUACCGGAAAUGGUUCACCUUGGUGGUGAUGGUCUACUGCAGACGAUGAUGAACGAAGGAAUUCGGGACGAUGAUCUUGUUAGGAUAGUCACUGACUUUAUUAUUGCAGCUGGAGAUACGACAGCUUUCUCAACUCAAUGGAUGCUAUUUUUACUUGGUAAUGAUACCAAAUUGCAAGACAAGUUGUACGAAUCUAUUAAGAAUUUAUCAUCCAAGGAAAUAUUACGUAAUUCAUUGAUAAAAGGAGUUAUCAAGGAAACCCUUAGGCUAUACCCAAUAGCUCCAUUUAUUACGAGAUAUUUGCCAGAGGAUAAUGUCAUUGGUGGAUAUUUUGUACCUAAAGGGGAAUUAAUUUUACUUUCAUUGUAUUCGAGUAGCAGAGAUCCUAUUAAUUUUCCACGACCGAACGAAUUUUAUCCAGAAAGGUGGAUACGAACAGAAAAUGGUAAUUAUCAGGACGUGGUUAAUCCUCAUGCUAAUAUACCAUUUGCUUUAGGAGCAAGAAGUUGCGUAGGUCGUAAACUCGCUGAAAUUCAAAUAUCUCUUGUAUUGGCCGAGCUUGUUCGUACUUUCAAAAUAAAAUGUAUGAAUAAAGACGAAGUGAAAUUGGUAUUGCACUUGAUAUCUGUACCAUCUAAACCAAUAAAGCUUAAAUUAAUUAAGAGAAAUUUUACGGUAAGAUAGUAGAGAAUAAAUUAAGGAUAAUGUCGAUGAUGAAUCGUAGACAAAUUUUUUUUUAUAGUAACUUUUUACAUAUUACA